AUGGAAAAUCUCAACAAUGGCAACAGCCACAUAGACCCUUUUGUCAAGAUUCCAACACUCAAGUUUACUAAGCUUUUCAUCAAUGGAGAAUUCGUAGAUUCUGUUUCAGGAAAAACGUUUGAGACAGUUGAUCCAAGAACAGAGGAAGUGAUGGCUGAAAUAGCAGAGGCUACCGAAGAAGAUGUUGAUAUUGCUGUGAAGGCCGCACGUGAGGCAUUUGAUUUUGGUCCAUGGCCACGCAUGACCGGUGCAGAGAGAGCAAAGAUUAUGUUGAAGUGGGCAGAGCUAAUUGAACAGAACAUUGAAGAAAUAGCAGCAUUGGAUACCAUUGAUGGAGGAAAGUUAUAUAGUUGGUGUAAGGCUGUGGACAUUCCUGAAGCAUGCAACAUCCUACGUUACUAUGCUGGCGCUGCUGAUAAAAUUCAUGGACAAGUGUUCAAAACAUCACGGGACCUCCACUUGUAUACACUCAUGGAACCUAUUGGUGUUGUUGGACACAUUAUCCCUUGGAAUUUCCCUACCAUCAUGUUCUUCACCAAGUCUAGCCCUGCCUUGGCUGCUGGCUGCACCAUGAUCAUCAAGCCUUCUGAGCAAACACCUCUCUCUGCACUCUUCUGUGCUCAUCUUGCUAAGUUGGCUGGUAUCCCAGAUGGGGUGAUCAAUGUACUAACCGGAUUUGGCUCAACUGGAGCUGCAAUAAGCUCACAUAUGGACAUUGAUGCGGUCAGUUUCACUGGUUCAACAGAAACAGGUCGAAAAAUAAUGCAGGCAGCGGCAAUGAGCAAUUUGAAACCUGUUUCACUUGAAUUAGGAGGCAAAUCGCCAGUUUUAAUUUUUGAUGAUGCUGAUGUUGACAAGGCUGUUGAACUUGCACUCUUUGGCAUCCUAUUAAACAAGGGAGAAAUGUGUGUUGCAUUUUCCAGAGUUUUCGUCCAGGAAGGGAUUUAUGAUGAAUUUGAGAAGAAGGUAGUGGAGAAAGCAAAAACUUGGGUUGUGGGGGACCCUUUUGAUCCUCAAGUUCAACAAGGACCUCAAACUAGCAAGGCACAAUAUGAUAAAAUUCUUUCCUAUAUUGAGCAAGGAAAUAGAGAAGGAGCCACAUUAUUGACUGGGGGUAAGCCUGUGGGCAACAAGGGAUACUACAUUGAGCCUACUAUUUUUGCCAAUGUUAAGGAGGACAUGAUAAUAGCACAAGAUGAAAUAUUUGGACCUGUAAUGGCACUUUCUAAGUUCAAGACCAUUGAGGAAGCAAUUAGUAAAGCCAAUAGCACCAAAUACGGCCUAGCAGCAGGGAUUGUGACCAAGAACUUGGAUAUUGCUAACACUGUCUCAAGGUCCAUCCGUGCAGGCAUCAUAUGGAUCAACUGCUUCUUUGCCUUUGAUAUUGAUUGCCCUUUUGGAGGCUAUAAAAUGAGUGGAUUUGGAAGAGAUUAUGGAUUGGAAGCACUUCACAAGUUUCUUCAAGUCAAAUCUGUUGCAACUCCUAUUUACAAUUCUCCUUGGCUUUGA